AUGUUUGUUGCAGCACCCUCGGAUUCGAUCCUGAAAAAAGCACAAGCCAAGUUUGUGGCUAAUGAUACAUAUUUGGCAGGCUUGAAGUCUCACAGCCAAGCCCUUGCUGCUAAAGUUGGCACAGUCAAGAAACACGCAGAAGAGCUAGAGGCUGCGAAGUGUUGUUUAAGGAUCCCACAGUUACUGGAACCACAUGUAGAUCAUAUGAGUUAUUUAUACCGUAAACAGUUUCAGUUUGCCGGUGGUACCGCCAUUUCGGGAAAUAUUGGACUUUCCAAAACAAAAGAACUAGCUUGUCAGGGCGCCAGAAGUGCUGCAGCACAAAUCAAAAUGCCGAAAAACCUAACUACCGAUUACGAAUAG